AUGGGGAACUCGCAGGGAAAGCAGGUGGCCUCCACCGAUGAGGUCAACCUCAAUCACUUUCGCCUUCUCCGUGUCGUCGGCAAAGGAGCUUUCGGCAAAGUCAGGAUUGUCGAACGCAGGGACUCGGGUUUGACUUUCGCCCUCAAAUACAUUCGAAAAGAAGAGGUGGUCCGAUCAGAGAGCGUUCGAAAUAUUAUCCGAGAGAGACGCAUGCUUGAACAUCUCAACCACCCGUUUCUGUGCAAUUUGCGCUACAGUUUCCAAGAUAUUGAGUACAUCUACAUUGUGGUCGAUCUAAUGAACGGCGGUGAUCUACGCUUUCACAUUUCGAGAAAAUGCUUCACUGAAGAAGCCGUGCGGUUCUGGAUGGCAGAACUAGGCUGUGCGCUGAGGUAUAUCCAUUCACAAGGCAUCGUUCAUCGCGAUCUCAAACCGGACAAUGUUCUCCUGGAUUCCCAAGGCCACGUGCAUUUAGCCGAUUUCAACGUCGCUUCCGAUUUCAAGCCUGGAAGACCAUUGACGAGCAAAUCUGGCACAUUAGCAUACUUGGCGCCUGAAGUCUACGAAGGGGGUGGAUACUACUGCGAAGUAGAUUGGUGGUCCUUAGGAGUUACCUUCUAUGAAUGCAUCUUCAAUAAGCGUCCGUUCGAAGGGCGUAGCCAGGACUCCCUUAGCGAAGCCAUUAUCAAAGCGCAACCGAAAUACUACGUCACCAAUCCUGCCGUCUCGAUCCCGUGCUUACGAGCUAUAGCCGCUCUUUUAGAAAAAGACCGUAGCAAGCGAAUUGGCGCAUCCGGUUUUGAGACUUUUACCUCACACGAGUUUUUUGCAGAGAUAGAUUUCGAGGCUUUGGAGAGAAAAGAGAUCGACCCGAUUUUCACCCCGGCGAGCGAUAAGACUAACUUUGACGCCACAUACGAUCUGGAGGAGCUUCUGCUUGAAGAGGCUCCGUUGGAGGCAAGGACUCGGAGACAGAAGCCCCGCGCCGAGCUGCGAGAAGAUGCGACGGCCAAGGAGAUUCGCGAGGAUGAGCUGUACCGCAUCAUUGAGACUAUGUUUGAGCCUUUCGACUACACUCAGGUUUCAUAUCAUGGACACGCGGCUGCUGCAUUGGCGGAAGCUUGCGAGCCUGAAGAACAAAUGCCCUCUACAGGAACGAACACGGGGUCUGGGUCAUUGCAUUCGCGACAAAUAUCACAAUCGAACUCGAUAAGCGGAACUUCUCCUCCCCAGCACGGCCAUCUCAGUAAUAACAAUAACAACAACAAUAAUAAUAUCAAGCAUUUUGCUGCGACACACACUAUGACUUCGGUUUCCGGAACCGGGGCCCCUCUUUCUGAAGAAGAACACUUGUCUGUGUCAUCUCGAACAAAGCAUCCAUCAGUUCCUUCGGCUACUCCGUUGCCGCAGACGUCGUCGCCCCAGUCUUUCAGCCGGCCGCUACCGCCAUUACCAGCUGGGUUGCGUCAGAAAGGCGCCACGCGUAAAAUGAGCAAAGGGGGCGGUGUGCAGAUGGUCCUGGAAGAGGCGGGCAGUUGGAGUGAGCUUGCGGAUCAGAGUUCUACGCUUCCGGCUGAAGGGUAUGAAGGGCUGAUAAGCAAAGGCCAAAAGCCUCCGAAUAGUGGCAUGCUUGCGUUCCUGAGUCGCAAAAAGGGACGUGAACGUAGCCCUAAACCUACGGAACCCGGAGUGCUUGGUAAAGAGGGAGCUCGCCAUAUUAUCAACGGCUAG